GGCUUUCAUAACAUGUUUUAUCAUUUAAGUUAAUGACCACAGUUCAAUCGUGGGCUUAACUUUUCUCAAUUUGAUGUUUAUCAACUGGGCAUUUUAUUGAGUUGGUGUGGCGUUUUUAUGUUACACUUGAUGGAGAAAGAAAUCUUUUAUCGCAUCUUUCUGAUCAUUAAGACGUCUGCACAACAAAUUGGAAAUACUGAAUAAAGGAAAUCUGUGAGGAGAAAAAAAAAAAUCAUCAGAAAACAUAUUGAAGUGUUACUUUGAGGAAAGUGGAUACAAGAUAGAUCUAUUUUGGAUAGUUUUUGUGUAUAUUUUGAUUAUCGGUGAGAGACUUGAUAGAUGCUCUCUCCGAUUGUGCAGCAAGCCUCUCUGGAAGAUCAAUCUGACUAUUUAUAGAUCUCAGCAACACCUUGUGUGUCAUCAGAGAGUUUGGAAAAUCUGUCAUCCUGAUAAACAGAGUGGUUCAGCAGACGACAGAUGCCACCGUCCAGAAACUAACGCACAACGUGGGGGAAUAGUCAGUAGAUUCUAUGGAGGCUGAAAGUCCAGUGUUUUAGUUUGAAAGUUUACUUCUUACUUCAUGUUGAGGCAUUAAAAAGGGAUUUACAGUGUAAUUAGAAUUAAUUAGUGUCUGGAUAUUUAGUUUGGAAGAAAAAAAAAUGGAAGAGAAAAAAUCAGAAAAUGUAGAGGAGAAAAAGUCAGAAAAUGUGGAAACAAAUGAUGCUUCUCUGACUGAAGUGGAUACUGUGGGAAGUGAACUCCGUACUCCACAUAUCAAAAGGGUGCCACAUCUCCACAAGCUAGAAAAGAAGCACAGCAGUGGUGACUUACACAGUCGACUGAAGACCCGGAAACUCCUGGGGGUGGGGGAAACAGACGAUGGUGAUGUCCACAGGUCAAAGUUGAGUCAGAUUUUGGGACACAGUGACCAGCUUUAUAUACGACUUCCUCCGGGUCUACGAAUAUGGCAGAUUGCCAUGGCAAUCAUUAUGACAGUGAUGGCAUCAUGGGCAUUUAUUUUUCCGAGGCACCUGUUCACCACAAUGUAUGAUGGAGAGUAUGAGAACACUUUACCAAUCCGCCUGUAUGGAGUGGCACUUCUCUGUUUAUCCUUACUGUACUGGUACACAGUGAACACGGUGGAUAAAGACAUGAUCCGACUCCUACUGCUGUGUAGCAUUCUCUUCUUCUCACUUCAUACCAUCGUUUCAGCCCUCUGCCUACCAUUUGUGACCACACUGUGUGCUUUUCCUCUACUUUUCCUGUGUCUUAGACUCGUCUGUAUAUGUGUUAGUGUCUACUUCUACUGGGUGUUCACCAGGGACUGGAAACUCUCCAGCAAGGAGCACUGGCGACUGUACAAACAACAGUGACAAUCUGGGUGAUAUUUUGGGGACGUCGAGCCACCUGGGGGCUAUUGGUGGGAGGGUCCAGUGCUCUGAUCAACUGUUUAUAUUACUGGGGGCUGGGCUACAGAUUCUGCUUCCCCAUCCUAAACAGGACUUCCUCCAAGAAAGGAGCAACGAAAAGAUCACGUAAAACUGUGGAACAAGAGCAGUAACUCUGAAAGGUCCAAGUCAACUCUUUGUUGUUAUCUGUAUUGGCAAAAUUCUUGAUAAAUU